AUAUCAGAGAAAUAUCAAACUACUUCUUUGUCAAUUUAUUCACCUCUCACAUAAAUAACGACGUCGUAUCACUUGGCUAAGCAUGGGCUUCUUUCAACCUUACAAAAGAAAAAAACCAAACGCUCGAGGGUUAUUUUCAGAAAUCGAUUUGGAAGGCAGCGCAGAGCGAGAAACGAUUCCAUCGCAAAUCUCCCGCAGAAAUUGAGGAAUUAGGAUUUUGAAAUUUUCCCUAAAAUGUACAACGGAAUCGGACUGACCACCCCUCGGGGGUCGGGCACCAACGGCUACAUUCAGAGCAACAAAUUCUUUGUAAAGCCGAAGACGAAUCGCGUUACCGACGCCACCAGGCCUUUCGAGGCUGGUCAAGGCACCGCCGGUCUCACCACCAAGAAGCCCAACAAAGACAUCCUAGAGCACGACCGCAAACGUCAGAUUGAGCUCAAGCUUGUGAUUUUAGAAGAUAAACUCACCGAGCAAGGCUACACUGAAUCUGAGAUCUCUGAUAAGCUCGUUGAGGCUAGGAAGGCUCUCGAAGCUCAGCAAGAGAAGGAUGAAGAAGAAGGAGAAGUUAUACCAACCCCUACUCAUCAGAAAAAGGUUUCGGAUACACAGACUCACCAAGUUGCUGCUAGGAAGGAGAAGCAGAUGGAGACCUUUAGAGCUGCACUCGGGAUUGGACUCUCUGAAUCUGCUCUUCCUCCUUUGCCAAAUAAUCGAAAGAAUAAUGAUGAUGAUAAGCGUGAGCAUGCCUUUCUGGAUAGAGAUCCUCCUGUCACUGUUGCUUUGGAUGUGGAUGACCUCAAGAUGAAGCCAGACAAGAAAAAGGGUAAAGCGGUUGGAGAUGAAAUUGAUGAGUCAAGACGCCAGAAAAAGAAAAAGGAGCAGAAGAGGUCUAGGCAUCAUGACUCUGAUACUGAUACAGAUGGUAGUGUAGAGCAUUCGAAGAAAGCUACUCUCAAGAAGAAGAGUCGUAAGGAUUAUUAUAGUGAAAGUGACUCUGAUGACUUUGCAAGUGGCAGGAAGCAGAAAAAAUCGGCGAAAAAAUUAGCUAAGAAGCAUGAUAGACGCAGAGAACUUGAUAGUGAUGACUCCGAUUCUGAUACAGACAAUGAUGAUACUGGUAAAAGAGAUGUUCCCAAGAACAAAUCAUCUCGUAGGAGGCAUGACUCCAGUGAGGACGACUCUGACACUGAUGAUGGGAGGGAAGAGAAUAGAGGUGAAGCUCAAAGUCAAAAGAUUGAGCUGACUGAGAGUAAGAGGAGGAGGAGGUACAACUUGGGUAGUGAAUCCGAUUCUGAUGCAGACAGAGCAAGAGACCGUAAAAAGGAAACAGUUAAGAAAGUUAGUCGUAGGCAUGAGUCCAGUGAGGAGGAAUCUGACACUGAUGAUGGGAGGGAAAAGAAUAGAGGUGAAGUUCAAAGACGAAAGAUUGAGCUAACUGGGAGCCGGAGGACAGGGAGGGACAACAUGGGUAGUGAAUCUGAUUCUGAUGCAGACAUUACAAGACAUCUUAAAAAGGAAACAGUAAAGAAAGGACGUGAUAGGUAUGAUACAGAAGAUGAUAGUGAUUCUGAUAUUGUAAGUGAUGAAAAAGUAGAAAAGGGUAGGGGAAGAGGUAGAAGACAUGAUUCUGAUGAUGACGAAGAUUCUAAUUCCUCCUAUGGUAGGAAAAGUGGCAAGGCUACAGCACAAAGAGAAAGGGCUGCUAGAAGAUCUGUCUCUUUGACAGAUGAUAGUGAUUCAAGUUCUAGUGAUGAUGAGUCUGACAGCAGUGAUCUAAAGCAUCAAAUAAUUGGAAAGAAGAAUGCCUCUGAAAAGGACAGAAGAGGACAUAGGGGUGAUGAUGAUAAUCGUGGUGUUAGAGGUAGUCAUCAAUCUAGUCAAGAAGAAAAGGGGGUUACAUCUGGUGCAGCCAAGAAUGAUGAUAGAAGGGGAAGAACCCUAAAUGAGGACGAUAGAUCAGAGAGAUUACGAAAAUCAGAGAGCAAUAGGGAAAUGAUGAAGGGCAAGAGGAAGCUUGAUGAUGACCACCAUGAUGAGAAGCCAGAAUCAAAGUCCAGAAAUCGAAACUUAGGAAGGGAGGUGGAGCACAAAAGGGAUAAUCCAAAAGAUAUGAAGUUUGAUUCUGAAUCAAUUGACAGAGCUAAUAGGGAGAAAGAUGAUCGGAAGAGGGAAGAUUAUUCUAGGUGGGAGACAGAUGAUAGGAAGAGGGUUGAUUAUUCUAGGUGGGAGAAAGAUGAUCAGAAGAGGGAUGAUUAUUCUAGGUGGGAGAAAGAUGAUCGGAAGAGGGAUGAUUAUUCUAGGUCUGUUAGGUCUGGAGGAGAGCUUGAUCAUGACAAUGGUAGACAGGAUGGCAGAAUUCAGAGUAAGAUAAGCAAACCACAUAAUGGAUCUAGGAGGAGUGAUCGGGAUUAUGAAGACCGAAGAGGUGGUCGAAGGCAUGGCAGGGAUGAAGAGGAGCCUCGUGGGAGAGAACAUGAAAGAAAUGGGAUGGACCAUAAAUAUAGAAGUUAUGAAAGGGAUGAGGAGCACCAGCAUGAAAGCCGUAAGCAGAGAAAAGGGGAGGAAGACAAUCGAGGAAAUAAAGUUCAUGUAAGGGAUAGAAAAUUGGAUCAUUCUGAGAAAAUGGCAUAUGAAGAUGCUCGAUCUAGUGAGAGAAAAUCACAUAGUGAUGACCGAUGGUGAUGGUAGUCAGAGCAUACCUGGUGGAGUAUGAAAUGCAACCACUUCGAAUGGUUUUAAGGCUUUAUGGAGACAAGUGACCCUUUUUAGAACGUGAUGGAAAUUCAAUGACCUUUGGUGUGUGUUUUUUUGUUGCCUUUCUUCCCUUUACUUGGUUGUUUUGUAGAAUGAUAUUUAUCAUAUGCCGACUAAUGAAUAGUUCUGUAUAUUAGGAGUAAGAACUGCUUUUUUUAAUGGUUUUUUGGUUGCAUGUUCGAAAUUUUCUCUAAUAUGUACUAGGUACUGUUAGCUGCUAUCUCAUUAAGCAAGUAGUGAGAAUUAUUUUCACGCUAGCCUCAGUUUUGGUUUCCUAAAGGAUAGCUUGAAAAAGAAAAUACGUUCUAACAAUAGGUCCUGUACGUUUAAAUUUAAUGACGAGAAAUCUUGGUAUUGUUUUGAUUGAGUAGUUGAUGUUAUUGUAUAAGGUUAAUAUUAUGAAUGAUCCCUUAAAUUAUAAUAAAAUAUUUAAUGUACUGUUUGAACUUUAAGAUAGAACAAGAAUCUUGAAAUAUUCAUAAUUUAAGUACCACAUCAGAAAUUCGUAAGCUUUUGAAAUAUCCAGCGAGGAUUAUUUGCUUUCACAAGAGAUUAUCAAAUAUAAGCAAUUGAUAUCUUAGAUAUAAUUCUGGAGCUCCAAACUCAAGUGCCUUCCUAGCAUAGACAUUGAGUAAGUGGUUUGAUUUUUAUUGAAUUAUGCAUUUUGCUACAUGGUUUAUUUUAGUAAACCUUGAUACAGUAACUUUUUUUUUUGUAGAUCAAUAGCUGUUUAACAAUUUUUUUAGUUUUCUCUGUAGCAAUUGCAUAACAUACUACUUAUGCGACGCAAAUCAUGAUAAUAGAACAAUAGAUUAAAUCAACUAUUAGAAUGGGAGGAAGAAGACAGCCGAAUGGAGGGAAGUUAGAAACUCAUAGCUUAUAUUUCACACAAUAUUUUACAAAGGAAAUUGGGAGGAAGAUAGGAUUGAAUCCUUUCCUAAUAAAGGAGUUAUAGGAUUGAAUGCCUUCCUAGUGAAGGAGUUACACAUAUUUAUAGUUCUUGAAAAUUACUAGAACUAUUAUAUAAUAUUGACAGAAGGACUGACGAGAGUAGCACAUUUUUUUAGGUGCUUUAUAUAAUAAGAUAAAUAAUUAUAUAAAAUAGACAAACAAUUUUAACAAAAGUAAACAAUUUUAAUAAAAUCAACAUGACAACACAAUUUUUACGUUUGUUGAGGUGAUAAGUUUUCAUGUUUGUCAAGGAGUGUACGUUUGACGAGAUAAUUAUCUAACAUAGCUGACUAGACACGUAGAUUGAAAACAAUGCUUUGUGGAAACUUGGACUGGAAAUGGGCAUUAGAGUUUUUCAUUUGUAAAUGUGAUUGCGAUCUGAUGACAGGUUUUAAGUGAGUUAUUUGCUCUUAGAGUAGGAUCAUAACCAAGGUUGUUUGUUCUAUAGAAGAAACUCUAGAUCAUCAAUGUCAAAUGGAUCUUGAGAUUUUUGAGCUCAUCAAAGUUUUAAGUGGGUUUCAAUGGAAGUGACUUAGCUGUUGGAUUCCAAUAAGGGUUCAAUGGAAGUGACUUAGCAGUUGUAAUUUUGAGAUAAAGCUUAAUGUCAGGUGUGAAAAGCUUGGACUAGGGACCUGAAAAUCUUGCCUCAAACUUUGCUGUUUAUAUAUAACUAAAUAGUGUGUUCCAAUGGAUAAUUUGACUAAGGAGUAUUUUGUCUAUAUGAGGCUAUAAUUGGGAGGGAUUUUGAAAAUCAUGGCAACAAACACCCUUGAUGCAAAAGUGCACCAUUUGUUCAAAUAUCAAACUAAGAUUCUCAGAACAUUUGGUGAUACCUCCAACGAUUCUUUAAGAUUACAUCCAGGAUAUCCUUUCACCUUUUACCUUUCCCAAACCUCUCUAUUUCCUUGAAGAAACUAUUUGUUUCCUUUGGUAUUUAUGUCACUUCUACUACACUGCAAUUGAAUACUAAGAAUUAUAGAAAAGUCUUUGUGAAAUGAAUCGCAAAGUCCAUACUCCUUGGUCAAAUUAUUCAUUUGAAUACACUGCUCAAUUAUAAAUAGACAGAAAAGUACAAGAUUUCUUGAUCCCUGAUUCAAGCCCUUAUCACCAUACGUUCAGUUUUAUCUAAAAAAUGCAACCAUUAAGUCACUUUAGUGGAACCCUUAUUGAAACAUUGGAUGAGCCUUCACUCUAUUAACAAGACUCUCAAGAUCCAGUUGAAAUUGACGAUCCAAAAUUUGAUCCAGAUCAGUGGCUAAACAACCUUUGUUAUGAUCUCACUCUAAGAGCAAAUAACUUUCAGCUAAACUUGUCACCAUAUCAGUCCCAUUCACAAGUGAAAAACUAUGAUGUCAUGUUUAAGUCUAAGUUUUCAGCCUAUAUAAUUAUUGUUUCCAAUAUAUGUGCCUAGUUAGCUAGGUCAGAUAAUUGCCUUGUUAGUGCAUUCUUCGACAAGCGUGGAACCUUAUCGCAAGUGUGAAAGUUGUGUUGUCACGUGGACCUUAAUAAAAUUGUCUAUUUUUGUUAAAAUUGUUUGUCUAUUUUAUAAAAUUAUAUGUUUUGUUGUAUAAAGCACCUAAAAAGAUGUUCUAGUUUUGUCAUUGUAUUUUGUGAAGUCAUUGUCACUAUAAUAUUGGAUAAUGAUGCUAUGUAGCUUUUCAAGACUAUAAAUAACUCCUUCACUAGGAAGGUAUCCAAUCAUCCAAUUAGAUCUUCUUCUUUCUUUCGUAAAAUAUUGUGUGAAAUAUAUGAGUUUCUAAAUUAUCUUAUUCCUCCCAGUUGAUCAAUCUACAUGAUUUGUAGUGAUAUAAGUAGUAUGCUUUGCAGUUUCCAUAGUAGUAGAUCUUCUGCAUCAGAAUACUUAUGAAAUUGUUAAAUUGACCUUUGAUUUACAAAAGAAGAAGUUACCGUUGUAAGUUUUAUUGAAAUAAACUAUUGUAGCAAAAGACAUAGUUUCAUAAAAGUCUGGUUACUUAAUUGAUGUUUAUGUCGGGAAGAUGCUUGAGUCUGCAUCAGAAAAUUUAUGAAAUUGUUAAACAGACCUUGGAUCUACAAAAAAAGAAGUUACUGUUAUAAGGUUCAUUGAAAUAAGCUAUUGUAGCAAAAGGCAUAGUUUCACAAAAGUCUGAUCACUUGAUCGACAUUUAUGUCAGAAAGGCGCUUGAAUCUGGAGCUUCAGCUAGAAUACCUUAAAUUAUGCUUGAACUGUAGAUUAUUUAUGUUUGAUAAUCCCUUGUGAAGGCAACCUAUCCUUGUUUGGUAUUAGAGCUUAUAAAUUUUUAAUGUGAUACUUGAAUUAUGAAUUUAUUAACCAAUAUGAUACUUUGAGGGUUUUUUAUCCAUCACAUGUUAUUAUUUGAAGUUAGUAUGUUAACGGUGAAUAUAACGUUAAUUAACAGAUUCAUAGUUCAAGUACUACAUUAAAAUUUUUUAAAUAUUACAUUGAAUAUUUCAUUAUAGUUUAAAAGUUAUUCACGACAUUAAUUAUAAUGUAAACGAGUUCUAUCUAUAUUCAUAGAUGAGUAUGUUUUUAAUCUUAUCUACUGUCAAAAGAACCAUGAUGGUAGACUUCAAAUGGUUCUCCACUUGAGAAAAAAAAAAAAGGAAAAGAAAACCUUCAAACCUGUGCAUGGUCUAAGAGCAGGCUUAAGUUCACCUGUGAACCAAUAACAAGCAUAUUGCUGAUUAGUACAGCCCUUGAAAGAAUUUUAGCUGGUUUGAUUGGCAAAUUUGCCUCUCCAUAUUUCUAUUCUGUUGUUGGUAUGUAUUCGUGAUGAUAUGUGAAUCAGAUUGUGUAAUGUCUAAGCUAUACUCAACUGCCUUUCGUUAUGUGGAUAUACGAUCAGCAACUGAUUUUAGUUUUAUUUCAUUGUCAAAUUAUUGUUUUUUCCUUAUUGUUUCCUUCGUUAAGCUACAGUUUAGGUUUUAAGUUAGAUUUAGCAAUUUAUGUAUAUGUAUUGUAUCAUGUUAAAUACAUGUAAAACACAAAGAAUUGUGUUGAAUUCAUGUGGACAAGUGAAACCUAAAAUACAAUUUUUGGUUUGUCCUCUUCAUAAUUUUGGCUAAAAUUUUAAAUUGUCAUGUUUUUGUUUCUUUGGUAUUAUUUUUAUGUUGUGUUUAAAAUUAUUAGAUCUAUUUUCAGCGUAUUCACCAGAUGUAAAUUCUGAAUAUUUGGUGAGUUAGGUGUCACUCCGUGAUGGUAUCUUACACGUGAGGAACUGGAUCCGCUGUUUAUAACCUGAAGCAAUCACCCCGUAUUAGUUUUGACCCCUUUCUAACAUCUCUCACGUGGGAUAGAAACAUAACUGAACCAGUUUGGUUUUUUAAACAAUAGGUAUAACACUAUGAACAAAACUAUCAGCUUCAGUUCAUCUUCAGAGCGUCUACCACCCCCUGGCUACGUCAACGCCUACGAUUGUUCAUAUUUGGAAUUUGAGAGUAUGUCAAAAAGAAAAAACUAUGGCUAAUUAUUACAACCAUAGAAGUUUACUUCCAAGUUCCCCAAGGUGUAUGAAUGGUUCAUUACCGAUUUGCCUGUUAACAGAAAUAUAAAAGAAAGCAGCCUUGAGGCCCAACUAAAAGAAGGUAUUAGGUGAAAAUUGAAUGAAAGGAAGUGAAGUUUAUGUGCUUCAAAUUGGAGUCUUCAAACUUUACCAAAUUUAGCUUGGUUGGUGCAGAACGGCAUGUCCACUUAAUCUGGUUAAAUUGCACCAAGCUAAAAAAAAUCUGAUUUCAUGCAACUAGCAAAACUUCUGCUACUUAUCCAGCAAAAGAUAAAACAAUGCUUCUUCCAUCAAAGAAUUGAUUUUUUAAAAAUGGAUUGGGAGACUGAAAUUACUACUGAUGUUGUCAUUCUGGUAAACUUGUUGCUUGAAAU